AUGGAUCGGUUGGAGUCGAUCGACGAGCGUUCGGCGAGCUGCGACAAGGCGAUUGAUUCAUCGGACGCCAACGAAGAUGACGAAGAUGAUGACUGGGAUGUCAGGACUGUGGUGUCCGAGACUUCGGAAGCCGCGGUUGUGUCGGCCAGCCGCAGUGGAGGAUCGAGGUCGAUCACCCGCGACCUCUCCGAAACGUUCAACGAUAUGCCUGGCCCCGAGCUCGCGUACGACGCGGAUGACGGCGCCACCGAGGACUUCAAACCCUCGGUUACGGUAGGAGGGGCAACCUCCAAGCCGGUUGGCACUCGUCCUCCCCCCAACGGCGAUACUCCGGCGGCCAACAAGGUUCUAGGCCGAUGUCUGGAGCUGAUGAAGACCAAAUGUGAGUGGAUGCAGUUGUUCUCCCCGAAGCAGGUCCGCCAAGCCAUCUGGAUGGACCUCGGAGGGGCUUUGGCAGCGCCGAUCAACUCAACGAGCACUCGGCAGCUCGCUCAGAACACUGUGGAUCUCCUGCGUGCAAUGGGGUGCGAGCCCCAGAUUCUCCCGACGGAGGCUGCACUCGCGAGCUGGACGCCAACCACCGCCGCCAUGGCGCUUACCAAGUGGAGGAAGAAGUUACGUGAGGCCUUUGGGGCGGCAGACCGAGGCUCAACGAAGCUUCGUUCGGCCCCGGAAGCGGUUGACCCCUCCAAGGUCCCGCUACCAGCGACCCCUCGGAAGGCAGCCACGGAUGACGGAGUCUUCGCAGUCAAGGGCGAGGCUUCGCCUUACAUGCAAGACUCGCACAUGGUAACCCCACGAUCUACGGACCGUACUGAACGUCUGGCUAGGGAGACCGAGGUUUCGUACGCAACGCCUGGAUGCGCGGAGCAACCGGUCGCCGGUCCAGCCGCCGUUACGACCUCCGAGAUGGCUCGUCGGACAGUGACGAUGAUCUCGGGUCCGACUGUUACGAGGGCGACCUGCCAAGCGAAUGGGCUCGUCAGCUCAACCCCGAAGCUCGAGAUUACCACGCAUCUACCUCUCUGCAACAUCAAGUCGUUCUACGGUGUGCGCGACAAGAGCGAACACUCCAUGCAGUGGCUUCGUACGUCCAUCUACGAGAUGAGGGGGACACAUGCACCGCCCCACGAGUGGUGCAUGCCGUUCGAACUCAAGCUCAGAGAUGGGGCUUUGUAUUGGUGCCGCCAGCUUCCACGCAAGACGAGGCGCAUGUGGAAACUGCUGUGCGAGGCAUUCAUUAAGUACUACUGCUCGAAGUUCUCCCAGUCUGCAAAGGCUCGGUACUACUCGGCCAAACGAGAGAACAAAGAGCAUGUAUGUGACUACCUCAACCGGCUCAACGGCUACGCUCGCAACGCCGGGGUGCAGUUUGAGCACGGGGAUCGUGACGCGAAGGACCACGUCGAACACUUCUUGGUUACGUGUGACGACCGAGAUUUAGAAGAGCGUCUGUGUCAUGUCACGGUCAAGGGCAUUCAUGACCUCGAAGACAUGAUUAAUGACAUUCUGCGUCACCGCGACCGCAAGUCAACUCGCGAAUCGUCGUUACACCGUUCUCGGAGUCAAGAUGCCACUCGCCGUCGCGACGCCAGGUCGAACGAUGAUUAUCGUAGUGGCUACCACCGCGAACGACGUUACCGUGACGACGUCCGCCGCCGUGACCAACGUGACGGGUCCCCGCACCGGUCGAGUGUGACUGUGGUCGACACACUUGCCGAUGUGAUGGCGGAAUGGAACAUCGGAGGCUCGGUCGGUGCACGCAACGAGGCUUCGUACGCCCCCCGACGUGAUGCUGAGGCGAACGAGGAUUACUUCGAGGACGAGCGCCAGUACUCGGAUGACCAACGCUCGGACGAGGAUUCAGACGCCGAUUACGACUCGGACGAGUCUACUCGACAUGUCGCUGCCGUUAACGACGCUGAGCGCAGGGCCGCAGCCGAUGGAACGUUCGCCUGGUCUGACAACCGACGCUUCAGGAACGGAGGAUGCCCGUCCAACCGCGAACGAGAUGGCCGUCGCCAGUAUGGGCCGUGUGCCGCGUGCGGAAGCUCGUCCCACUCCGUGCACUUCUGCUACCGGCGGUGCAAACUGUGCAAACAGGUGCACGACGCUGGGAAGUGUGAAGCACUCCACGAGCUCACCAAGCUCCUGAAGUCCAAGGUCGACAAGAAGGAUCUGUCGCCAGAGCUGCAAAGCCUGUUAGCUGAGCCUGCUGUUGAUGCGGACUAUCUGUUCGCGUUCAAAGGCGAAAGCAACCGGCCUGACGACCUGAAGAACAAUGAACGUGUGAAACCGACGGAAAAUGGAGAGAACCGAGACGCAAGUCUCGUUGAGACCGGUAUUGAUGAAGAUGAUGAUGAUGAACGUGAUGGACACCCGACCGCGGCUUAG